UAUACUUCACUUACUCUAGUUGAAGAAGAAUAUGAUAAAGAUAAAACGUAUUUGGAUCAAAAUAAUGAAAAAGAAAAUAUGAUAAAUAAUAAUCCUAUAGUUUUAAUCACAAUUUCAAGAAGUGAAGAAAGAAUAAGUGCAAAAGCUAUGCAUGAUGAGCUUCAGGAAUAUGCUGAAGAUGGCAAGAUAGAAAGGGAGGAUGUUCCAAAAUUCCAAACAAUACAAAAUUGA